AUGUCCCUGAGAACCGGAAUCACUCCUUUGAGAGAGACUCCUGAAGAGAAAAGAGAAGUUCCCAAGGUAGGAGAGGUAGAAAAUUCAUCAAUUCAUCCUAGAAAUCAGAUAUAUUUAGACCAGGCUUGUGAUCCCAGGUGGGAAUCCCACAUGCACAUGGGUGGCCAGCGGCUCCUCCCCCAACACCUCCCUUCCACAUCUUACCUCCUGGCAUCACUCGGCCAGCAGGGUGGGAUCCAUCACACUUGGCACUGUCUCAAUCUGACGGAGGGCAGGGUGCAGACUAGAGGUUCUGUCCUUUCCCAGAUGCACUGGGAAGACCUCCAGCUGCCUUCCCCCCACUCACCUGAGGUCACCGCCACGAGCAGGAUGCGGGCACACCUGAGUCAGUGCACUGUGGCUCCUAGUGAGCUGGACUCAUCUACCCCUGCCCCCUGGGCCCCAAGGCCCCAUUCAUUCAUUCUUCUGUGCUCCAGCCUCUCCCCCUGCCCACACCUAUUCUCCCACCUUCCGCUCCAGAGGCCACUUCUGCAGCUGCAAAGCUUCCUGCUCAGGCCAGCAGCCACAGCAAUUGUUUUCCUGUUGCACCAGGCCUAA